GGGCAUGCGCAGUGGCGGGGUAGGGAUCGCUAUGGCAGCGGCGUCGGCCGCGGGCCUCCAGUUAGGCCUAGCCGCCUCCGCCGCCCUGUGAAUGAGCUUCUAGGCUUCCCGCUGCUCCUGCCGGGGAAUGAGCAGCGCCUCGGCCCCAGCCGCCGCCGCCGCCGCCGCCGCCCGCGGAGACCAUGCCCCUGGCUGCCUACUGCUUCCUGCGGGCCGUGGGCAAGGGCACCUACGGGGAGGUGACGCUUGUCCGGCACCGGCAGGACGGCAAGCAGUAUGUCAUCAAAAAACUAAACCUCCGAAAUGCCUCCAGCCGAGAGCGGAAAGCUGCCGAGCAAGAGGCCCAGCUUUUGUCUCAGCUGAAGCACCCCAAUAUUGUUACCUAUCGAGAGUCUUGGGAAGGAGGAGAUGGCCUGCUCUACAUAGUUAUGGGUUUCUGUGAAGGAGGGGAUCUCUAUCGAAAACUCAAAGAACAGAAGGGCAGACUUCUACCUGAGAGCCAGGUGGUGGAGUGGUUUGUUCAGAUUGCUAUGGCUCUGCAGUAUUUGCAUGAAAAACACAUCCUUCACCGCGAUCUGAAAACUCAGAAUGUCUUCUUAACGAGAACAAACAUCAUCAAAGUAGGCGAUCUGGGGAUUGCCCGAGUGCUAGAAAAUCAGUAUGACAUGGCUAGUACACUUAUCGGAACACCGUACUACAUGAGUCCUGAAUUAUUCUCAAACAAACCCUACAACUAUAAGUCUGAUGUUUGGGCUUUGGGAUGCUGUGUUUAUGAAAUGGCUACACUGAAGCACGCUUUCAAUGCAAAAGACAUGAAUUCUUUAGUUUAUCGAAUUAUUGAAGGAAAGCUGCCACCAAUGCCAAAGGACUAUAGCCCACAACUGGCAGAACUGAUAAGAACCAUGUUGUGCAAGAAGCCUGAGGAAAGACCCUCUGUGAGAAGCAUACUUAGGCAACCCUACAUAAAACGCCACAUUUCUUUGUUUUUGGAGGUCACAAAGGCGAGAACUUCCAAAAGCCAUAUUAAAAAUGGUAACCCUAAAACCAGACCUGCUGCUGAACUUAUUUCAGUAAAAACUGAAUCAGACAGUGAAAGGAUCAUCUCUCAGCAAUAUUUCUCAAAGCCUUCCAAGACACCUACAGAGGUUGAAGAAAAAUGUUUAUCGCAGCAUAAACCCAUGGAUGCUUGCCAUUCAGAAAUAGCAUAUCCUAAAAGCCAUCCCAACAAGAAUGAUAUGCCCAGCCCUGGAGACUCUUUAGCAACAAUCAGCAAGGUGGAUAUUAACAUCUUACUUGCUACUGAAAGGAGAAACUCAAAGAAUGACAACUUACUGCAAGAUGACAAACUGAAACGCUCUGAUAUUUCUCAUGAGCCAGAAGCUAAAUUUAAUGUGGCCCCAGUGAAGGAAGAGGGUCAACAAGUUAGUAUGGAGCCUGAAAAUCUGGCUUCCUCUCAGACUUCUGGUGAGAUCAUUGAUGAAGAGAAUGACACAAUGAAACUUCUGCAGCCCUUACACCAGGACCUCAAGCCAACGGGCCAGGAUAGUUCGGACGCGACCGAAAAGCUCUUAGCGUCAUUCGUUCCUGUUGUCCUGGAUAGAAUCAACCCAUACUUACAGCCCCAUAGUUCUGUGUCUGAGCCCUUCCAAUCCCAGCAACGAAGGCAGAAAAGAAGGGAACGAGUUGAACGAAGUAGAGAUAAUGGACAGUUCCAGGAAGUGUCUCCUAGACCUUUGCCUUCUCCUCCCAUUGCUAGUAAAGUAGUUGAGAAGAUGACACAGAGGGAUGCUGAUAAACAUAACACGGAAGUAAUGGUGUCUGUGGACAGUUCAAGAAGCAGUGAGAUAACGUCCUCCAAGGAUCGACCUUUGUCUGCCAGAGAAAGGAGGAGACUAAAGCGGUCACAGGAAGAGAUAUUUCCCACUGUUUUUUCAGGUCCUUUAGUGAGAAGAGGUUCUCUGGAUGCAGGAGAAGGAAUGAAGUUGCAUAUAGAAGAUGAGCAUUUCGUAGCUCAUCAGUUAUCUUCAGAUGUGGACACCUCUCAGGAAAAGAACUUAGUUCGUUGUCUGUCUGAGGAUGAGCUAAGUUCUUCUACAAGUUCAACUGAUAAGUCGGAUGGAGAUUCCAAGGAAGGGAGAGGCCAUACAAAUGAAAUGAAUGAUUUGGUACACCUGAUGACUCAGACACUAAAAAUGGACUCUAAAGAGAAUUGUGAGAAUCUUCCAAGACUUCUUCCUAUGUCAGAGUUUAGACUUCAUCGAAAAUACAGAGACACACUAAUUCUGUAUGGGAAGGUUGAAGAGGAUUCUGAGGAACUUAGGCUUAAAGAACUUUCUCCAGCUGUUGUGUCUGGUUCUGAAAAGAUCAGAAGAAUGAUUGAAGUCUUGAGAGCUGAUGUAAUUCAAGGGUUGGGAGUGAAGCUUCUAGAGAAAGUGUAUGAUCUCAUGGAAGAAGAUGAUGAACUGAAGAGAGAAGUGCAUUUGCAGGAGCAUUUGGGUGAAAAAUAUGUAAAUUAUAGCACAAAAGCUCGACUGCUGAAAUUUUUUGAAGAAAAUGUGAAUUUUUGAGCACUUGUCCUAAUCUGUUGUCAGAACUGAAGACCUAUUUUUAAAGGUUGUUUGGUUUGUUUUUUCUUUUCCCUGGAAGGAUUACCUCAACCAAACAUAUCAAAAUUGGUGGCCAUUAAAUUUGGCUAUGCCUGUUUUUCUGGGAUUUGUGUUUUGCAGGAGUAUAAAAAUGGCUAUGAAUGAGUGCUGUUUUUGACUGGUUUAGGAAGAGGCUUUUUUUUUUUAAAAAAAAGAAUAAAUAGGUACACAUUGUGGGAAAAGCAUUUCAUGUUUUACAUGAAACUUGUUUGGUUAAGCAGCUUGAAACCAUUGUGUAUCAGGAUUUCUUCUAAAAUAGUCAGAACCUACCAGAGCAGUGCUAUCAAUGUGAACACAAGGGUUUUCUUGGUGGCUAUAGCUGUGUAACAAGCUGCCGAAACAAGUGGCUUUACCUAAUAUCCUUGAUGAUAAGCAUAUGGUGGUGAUAUUAGUAAACACUACAGUAGUAGCUGAUAAUUUGAAGUCAGUGCAUGAUCUUUAUAAAUUUGAAGAAUGGAGCUAUACAUAACUUUUUAUACACUUACAAAAGUUUAAAAAUUAACUCCAUUUAGUUUGAACAAGAUACUUGCAGAACUGAACCUAUUUAAGUUGUGCUUUUGGCUUAUUUAUUCAGUAUAUAUUUGUAUACUGGCUUUGCUUAAUUCAUUUUUUCAUCAGCGAGAACAUACCUGAGUACUAAUUCCUUUUGGAAUGAAAUAAUUUGUAAGUAAAAUCCAGGUACUUUUGAGCUGAAUUUGAGGCAUUUUAUGUCUCCUGAAAUAGAGAAUUCAAUUCCCUUGCAUAGGUUCCCCUAUUCUAUUUGGUUGCUUUUUCUGUAUCAUGACACUUAUUAUCCUUCCAUGUUUUAAAGGUCUACUUUGUAUAUUUUAGUAAUUGUUUUUUAUAAUAGGUAAAAUUACCAUGAAGUAAAUAAAUAGCAUUUUGUAAAAUAAA